UGCCGCGAGGGGCGUGGCCAAGACUCGGGCCUAUAGCAAGGAGGGGGCGUGUCCAAACUAAGCGGCCCGCCCAACUAUCACUAAGCGGCCAGGCGCCAUUUUCCCGGAAGUCGGAAGAAAACAAAAGCGCCAAGAGGAACGCUCGGCGGCGGGUUCCCCGUAUGUUGUGUGUCCAGAGCCGUGUGGCAGAUCGAAGGAAGCAUGUUCCACGGAAUCCCAGCAAACCCAGGCAUGGGAGCCCCAGCCAAUAAGCCGGAACUGUACGAGGAAGUGAAGCUGUACAAGAAUGCCCGGGAGAGAGAAAAGUAUGACAACAUGGCAGAACUCUUUGCUGUGGUGAAGACGAUGCAAGCGCUGGAGAAGGCCUACAUCAAGGACUGUGUCACCCCCAGCGAAUACACCGCCGCCUGCUCCCGCCUCCUUGUCCAGUACAAAGCUGCCUUCAAGCAGGUCCAGGGCCUGGAGAUCAAUUCCAUCGAUGACUUUUGCCGCAAGUUUCGGCUCGACUGUCCACUGGCCAUGGAAAGGAUCAAGGAGGAUCGGCCGAUCACCAUCAAGGACGACAAGGGCAACCUCAACCGCUGCAUCGCAGAUAUUGUAUCGCUCUUCAUCACCGUGAUGGACAAGCUGCGCUUGGAAAUCCGGGCCAUGGAUGAGAUCCAGCCGGACCUCCGGGAACUGAUGGAGACCAUGAACCGCAUGAGCCACUUGCCCCCGGAUUUUGAGGGACGGCAGAAGGUUAACCAGUGGCUGCAGACGCUGAGCGGGAUGUCGGCGUCGGACGAACUGGACGACUCCCAGGUCCGGCAGAUGCUCUUUGACCUGGAGUCGGCCUACAAUGCCUUCAACCGCUUCCUGCACUCGUGAGCCGGGCCCCGGUUGACCCCUUGGGGCCCCAAAUGUCCUGCAUUUUGGAGAUGACCACGUGGCAGGCAAGCAGGCCCUUCGGUGGCCUGAAACCCCCCAUUGAAUGUACAUCUCCCCCUUUGCUCCUCGGUCUCCCUAGUUUUGAAAACGAGGGGCCUCUUACAUUUUAUGACUCUUCCACUCGUUCUUUCAUGGCAUCGCAUAUGUGUCCACGGUCGUGAUGGGGAGGUGGGAGGGAAUAUAAAGCACCACGGAGGGCGGAAGUGGCGCUUUAAUGUAUUUAUUUGGGCUUGCUUUUUUUGUGUUUGCCUCAGAGAGGCAGCUCCCAUUGAGCCGGAGCAAAUAAAUCCUCUUUCUACCAGAAGAA